AUGGAACGCGCAAUCACACUUUUUGCCAACGAGGGCUUUCUACUGAGUUACAUUGAAAUCAACAGUCGAGGAAGGGCUUCCAGGGCCCCCCAGAAGCACAACAAGUCAUCGGGCAAUGAAAGUAGUGCUCUUUUGGCAUUUUCAGAUGUCAACUGGGGUGGGCCCACUAGGUCAUACGUGAUAUCCAUCACUCGCAUAGGAGACUUGGUCAUUAGGAAGAUGUGGGAGAGAGCUCAGAACCUUGGCACAAAGAGGCAUGGUGCACGAAAGGUGGACGAGGAAUCGGAAGAUGAGCGCACGCUCAUCUGCUAG